AUGAUCCUCUCUUCUGACGGGCACAUGCUCUUCCACCUGGCUUCACAAUUAUAUCCCAUGUAUACUGGUCUCUGGAUCUUUUGUGCUUGGCUCUGCUGCUCUCUGCAAAAAGCAAAGUUCGAUAAAACCCUCCUUGCUGUUGGGUGUGUGAUGUUAACGAACCCUGCCGUUUCAUAUGCGUUAAAGCACUUGCUACAUCAGCCACGGCCCUGCUCUCCAGAUCCUGGAAUGCCGUCUGCACAUGCCUUCUGGGCAGCAGGAUUGAGUGCGGCUCUUUUUCUCGCUGCACAUUCACAGUGCAGUAGGAGCCUAUCGGCGAGCACAACUAAACUAGCUGCUCUAAGACUCUAUGCCUACGCGGCAUGCUUUACAACUCCGUUGGUUGCAGCCGAGCGUAUCUACUCGAGAGAGCACACGAUUGCGCAGGUUGCCGUUGGCCUGCCUCUAGGAGCCCUCUACACCCUUCUAGUUUGGGGACCAAUUAAGUGGCUGUCAGAUACCAUUGCCUGUACUUUGGAUUCUAUCGUCUCCCGUAUGGCUAAGGACAAAGGGAGAAAAGCCAUGUAA